GUUCAUACUACCUUUUCUGAGAGGUUUGUUUGUCCGCCAUUGUGAUGGAUGAAAUCAGAAGGGAGUCGCCUUCCUCGACAAUCGACUGCACAGCACUCGACAAUCGACUGGAUAGCCUUACCAAAUUAUGGGCAUGCGCUAAUUCCUUAUCUCUUAUUUUAUUGUUUCGUCAAUUGCUCAUCUCGAUCUAGGACGGUUAUUUUUAGGAACACAAAAGCUCCAGCGUCAUUAUGAGUGUUUGAGAUGAUUAUGUGUGGAGUUGGUACCAAAUCGAUGGAACGUGGUCACCAAAGAUAUGUUUGCUGUAUUUUCUGAACAGCGUUUCAGUGUUGUUUUAGUGACUUAAUUUAGUGACUUAAUUUAUCAAGAACCACACAAACGUGUACCGGUGCACAUUUCACUGAACAAUUCAUAGCAGUUGGUUGCCAUUACCAAUGUACUUUGACCCUUCUCGCUUCCACUAAUACCAAAACAGGCACAAAUCGGAAGUGAAAGCUGUCUGCUAUGGCAAAAAGGAACAUAAACAAAAACAUUAAGGAGACCUCUUCAGUCGCCGGGGCUGCAAGGGCACAAGAGAACGAAAUGGCAAAAUCGAAAAAAUACAACAUGUUUUCUUUGUCAGUUAUCGCCUCACUAAUAGCCAUUUGUGUGGCACCGUUAAAAGCUGAACUUCAUUCCUUUAGUUUAUCUCAUUUUAAACAACAUUCAAACCUAAAGAUGGAUGAAGCUUUUUUCAGAGUCAUCAAUGAACUCGAUACUGAGGUGGCCGUGUACUGGGUGUCACAGUGGUGCUAUCAGUGUCUUCAUCAACAGCUUGGGGUGGUCCCUGCUAUGUCAAGUCCAGGUCAGCCAAGGUCAGAAGAGUUCAUUGUUAGCACACAGCAUGAAAUUACACUCCAAGUCAACAGCACCUCUGUCAUUCAGGAGCUCUGCACAGUUCCGUUCCACUUUGGCGAGCAGGGCAACUACUCUCUAUGGUUGAAAAAUACAAAUAACUCUGUGGUUAAUUGCUCCAUUGUGACUGAUGCAGAUCCAGUAAAUAGUUACAUACCCAUCUUGGUCGCUUUCCUUGUCUUUGCUGGGCUGGGAUUAUUGUCUGCUCUGGGAAGAGCAAUAUUAGCACUCGAUUUAGUAAGGGGUGCCCUCUGCAGAAUCACUGGCACCAUGGAGACAGAGAGGCUGAUCAACUCUGAGCUGGGCUCCCCUGGCAGGACUGUGAGGCCAGUGACAGACAAUAUACUUCCGCCCCCACCCAGUCCCAGCAAGAGGCUGCGAUCUCUAGACACAUUCAGAGGGAUCUCCUUAAUUAUUAUGGUGUUUGUGAACUAUGGAGGAGGACGAUAUUGGUUCUUCAGACAUGAAAGCUGGAACGGCCUCACUGUUGCAGAUCUGGUCUUUCCUUGGUUCGUUUUCAUAAUGGGAACAUCUAUCGCACUUUCAAUCAACUCCAUGCUGCGCUCGGGCUCAAGCCGCACUUCACUGCUGAAGAAAGUAGUGUGGAGGAGCCUGCAGCUUUUUCUCAUCGGCAUCCUCGUCAUCAAUCCCAACUACUGCCAGGGCUUUUUGUCAUGGGACAACCUGCGCAUCCCGGGUGUGCUGCAGCGCCUUGCCUGGUCGUACCUUGUUGUAGCCUGCCUGGAUCUGUUGGUGGCAAGGGGUCAUCUUGACAUCCUACCAACGGAUGCAUGGUGGUCCUCUUGCAUUGAUGUAUUGCUCUACUGGCCAGCCUGGAUCUUUGUGCUCCUCCUAGAAAUCCUUUGGCUCUGCCUAACUUUUCUACUUCCUGUACCAGGCUGCCCAACUGGUUAUCUUGGUCCUGGUGGGAUUGGGGACAUGGGCGCGUAUGCGAAUUGCACUGGCGGAGCAGCUGGUCUCGUCGACCGUUGGCUGCUUGGAGAAAACCACAUCUACCAGACGCCCUCAGCAAGGGUCCUUUAUGCCACUCACAUGCCGUUUGAUCCCGAGGGUGUUCUUGGCAGCAUCAACUCCAUCGUUAUGGCUUUUCUUGGGUUACAGGCAGGAAAGAUAAUCUUACACUACAGAGACCUUCAUUCAAGUAUUAUAUCAAGGUUCCUCAUUUGGGGUCUCGUUUUGGGUGUCAUAUCAGCUGGUCUCACAAAGUGUUCAGGAGACCAGGGAUUCAUUCCUGUCAAUAAAAACCUAUGGUCUCUGUCCUAUGUGACAACACUCGCCUGCUUUGCCUAUGUACUGCUUGUCCUGGUCUACUACACUAUAGAUGUGAAAAAGUGGUGGUCUGGUGCGCCAUUCUUUUACCCAGGCAUGAACUCCAUCCUUGUGUAUGUGGGCCAUGAGGUGUUUGAGGACUACUUCCCCUUCCGCUGGUGCAUGGUCAACACUCAGUCCCAUGCUGAGCACCUCACCCAGAACCUGGUGGCCGUUUCUUGUUGGGUCCUCAUCUCCUACGUGCUAUACAGGAAAAACAUCUUCUGGAAAAUCUAAGAGGUGCCGUGACUUUGCACUCAACCUUGCUGGAUCGAUCAUCUAAAAUGCUUGGAAAAUGGAAACUAUGGAACUUUUAACCACCUCUGGGCCAUAUUUCAAAAUCGAUGUGACUUAUGUUUUCAUGAUCUUGUAUCUUAAUGUUUUGCUAUUUUGCUCACAUCUGUGCUGUAAAAAGGACACCGAAUGACUUUUUGCAUAGCUUUCUAGCAGCUGACCUCUGCUAGCUAUCUUGUGACUCAGGAAGAACUGGGACCAAAAUAGAUUGAUAUAUUAGGAAUGUGAUGACGGUCACAGUUCAUCUUUGUUUUCCUAAACACUAAAAAUACCUUUUUAAUUCCUCAAUUUGCACAGUUUGCAAGUAUGAAAGUAAUCUAAUGUAGCUGUCUAGCCUCUUUGUUGCCCACUUGGAUCUUGACAUCCUGCCAGUCGUCACUCACCGAGCAGCAAACAUUCGCCCUCACUUUUGAUGGGUCUAUUUCAUGUGAAACGGAAAUUGUUUUGACUGUAUAGUAAUGAAGCAACAGCUAUUACAGAUCUCUGCUAUGCAGUAAAUGCUACAUAUUGCCAAAUGUUGAAGAGAGACGGGUAUUAAAGCUCACUGUUUUUUUACGGAAUGUUUUGAGUGUGUGUUUUGGCUCAUGUAUCCAAAAAUAUUAACCACAUAAUAAAUUUACUUUUGUACAGA